AGGAGGGGCCGGCUGUAAUCGCAUUCAUGGAAAUACGCCCGCGAGGAGCUGAGCUGAGCCGCACACACGCCGAGUGUCAGCCGGCGGCAGCUCCGUGGCCAUCUCUGUCCCCGCCAGGAUUGGCUCCCUCUCCCUCUCCGUCCAAGGUUUCCACUCGGCUUUUGUUCCCGGGCUGCCUCCCCCACCCUGGCUGUGCCGGCACACAUGCCCUGCUGGCUCCGUCCCUCCGUCCGCCGGGGGCUGCGGGAGCUCCCGGGAGUCUGGCGCCGUGGGGCCGCGGUGUCGGCCCACCAUGGCCUCUGAAGCGGAGAGCGACCAGCGGCCCAGGCUUUGACGGGGGCUGCGGGGGCUGCCGGAGAGGGGACUCGCCUUGGUUCCCAGUGACCUGACCGCAGAGGAGCGCCAGGAGCUAGAGAACAUCCGGCGGAGAAAGCAGGAGCUGCUGGCCGACAUUCAGAGGCUCAAGGAUGAGAUAGCAGAGGUAGCUAAUGAAAUUGAAAACCUCGGGUCCACAGAGGAAAGGAAAAACAUGCAGAGGAACAAACAGGUAGCCAUGGGCAGGAAGAAAUUUAACAUGGACCCUAAAAAGGGGAUCCAGUUCUUAAUAGAGAACGACCUGCUGAAGAACACUUGCGAGGACAUCGCCCAGUUCUUGUACAAAGGGGAGGGGCUCAACAAGACUGCCAUCGGCGACUACCUGGGGGAGAGAGACGAGUUUAAUAUCCAGGUUCUUCACGCAUUUGUGGAGUUGCAUGAGUUCACUGACCUUAACCUCGUCCAGGCGCUACGGCAGUUCCUGUGGAGCUUCCGGCUACCGGGAGAGGCCCAGAAGAUCGACCGGAUGAUGGAGGCGUUCGCGCAGCGCUACUGCCAGUGCAACCACGGCGUGUUCCAGUCCACAGAUACUUGUUACGUCCUCUCAUUUGCCAUCAUCAUGUUGAACACCAGCCUGCACAACCCCAACGUCAAAGAUAAGCCCACCGUGGAGAGGUUCAUCGCCAUGAAUCGCGGCAUCAACGACGGCGGAGACCUGCCCGAGGAGCUGCUCCGGAAUCUGUAUGAGAGCAUAAAAAACGAGCCUUUUAAAAUCCCAGAGGAUGAUGGGAAUGACCUCACUCACACGUUCUUCAACCCAGACCGGGAAGGCUGGCUAUUGAAACUCGGAGGUGGCAGGGUCAAGACUUGGAAACGACGCUGGUUUAUUCUGACCGACAACUGCCUUUACUACUUCGAAUACACGACGGACAAGGAGCCCCGCGGGAUCAUCCCUUUGGAGAAUCUGAGUAUCCGGGAGGUGGAGGACUCCAAAAAGCCAAACUGCUUUGAGCUUUACAUCCCCGACAAUAAAGACCAAGUGAUCAAGGCCUGCAAGACGGAGGCCGACGGGCGGGUGGUGGAGGGGAACCACACCGUGUACCGCAUCUCGGCCCCGACGCCGGAGGAGAAGGAGGAGUGGAUCAAGUGCAUCAAGGCCGCCAUCAGCAGGGACCCUUUCUAUGAGAUGCUGGCAGCGCGGAAGAAGAAGGUCUCCUCCACGAAGAGACACUGAGCCUGCCCAGCGAGCGGCGCCGGCGUGCGAGGUGUGAGAGGCCCCAGGCUCUUCCUCCCAUCACCCCCACGGAUGUGGGGGGCUGGGCUGCCGGACAGGGCUGUCCCCUGCUGGGCAUCACCCUGAGUUCCUAGAGACUGGCUUCAGCUUUGCCAUUUGUUUUUAAGUGGGAGAAGGGGAGGAGUUUGCAGGGGGAGAGGGGUCUGACGCCUGUCAGGCGUGGGCUUGGGAGCCUUUCUCUCUCCAAAGAAUGGGGCCCCUCUCGGCACGUCAGCCUCCUUGCAAGUCUCCCGCUCGGCAGGUGUGACAGCAGAGCUCGAAGCCAACUGUUUACCUCUCGGUCAUUUCCCUGUGAAGCGGCCUUCCGCCCUGCGCCGUGAACACACGUCGGUGUAUUCUGUGUUCGGAGAAGAGUGGUCCGGAAGAGAAGCCACGUACUAUAAAGAUAUAUUUUUGUUUUUUAAAGAGAGAAAAAGCUAAAGUAGAGCAGUCCAGAGGCGUUCUGCCUGGGCCGGGGUGGGAGCCCCCUGGUAGCCGCUGGUGGGAGCCGGCUUCUCGGCAGCCGGAGGCCAAGGGCGGUGGACGCGGGUGAGGCCGGGCCCCGGGGGCCAGCGGUGGGGCUGGUGCUUCUCCGUCCCGGGGGCUGGGGGCGCUGAGCAGGGAGAAUCGCUGGGCUUUCCCGUUUCUGCUCUUUCCAAGCUCCUUCUCGUGGGGCUUCAAAAUGCCAAGUCAGCAUUUUCCCUUGAGCUAAGUACCCAGUAACCAAAACUGAGGAAGGCGGUCCCCGAGGCCUGUCUCCUCCUCCUCCCCCAGAGCUACGGUCCUCGUUUUAGAGGAAGGAGCGGGUCUUACCUGAUCACCUUAGGUCUUCAGCUUUUUCUGCCUCAACUCUGGCCCCAACCUGGACUACUGUCUCCCAUAUGGGGGUGGGGGACUGGGGGGGGCUUCAUCUGCCCGGCGGGGGCAGGCGGAGCGCGAGGGGGACAAGGCCUGGCUCGCGUCCUUCUUCCCCGACGGCCUAACUUACGGCGUGGAGGGAGCCACGAAGCGCAGCGUCCUCCCGCCGUCCUCUCAGGGACUCUCGGGGCCGCUCCCGCCGCUCGUCAGGCCGGCGCCGGUGCAGGCCAGGCAGCGGCCGGCUCAGGCCAUCCCAGUGCCACCGCGUCCCCCGGGACCGGGCGGCACACGCACCACCUCGGAGGAAGGCGGAGAGCUGCCGGUCUCCUCGGGCAGCGGGACCCCGGCUCCUCCGGCUCCGUUAGGGCAGGCGGGCCUCUCUGGACAUGGCCUUUGUGAAAGGGCGUGAUCGGGGGUGCUGGCGGGGGGACUCUCGGGGCCCCCUCCUACAGGCCCUCCCUAGAGCGGCUGCAGGCGUGCUCGUGCCGGAGCUCGUAAGGGGACCGGAGGGUGUCCGGGCCCGCCUGCCCCGCCGCCGGCCGCGCCCCUGCACUGGUUCCCGCACAGCCCGAGGGGCACCAGAUCAGUGUUAGUCUAUUUACCUGACUGUAAAUAUCCGUGUAUAGUUUCUCUCCUUUUAGAUUAUUUUGUAUUUGUUUAAAAAAAGUUUUGUUAAAAUAUAAAAUAUAAAGAAAUGACUGAAAAUUGUUAACAGGGUUUUAAAAAAAAUUAUAAUUAUUAUCGCAGUUGUUUUCGUUCCUCUGGUUUUUUUGCGUUGUAAACCGGCACCAAGGAGCCGCAGCAAAUAAAGUCCGGAUCUGCCCCCGCA